AUCGUAUACCAAAGAGAAUAUCCUAUUCAGUUUAUUAUAUUUCAUUGUUUCUUACUUUCAGUUCCCAGUUUACUUUCAGUUACAGUUGACUUCCCAGUUAUAGUAACCAGUCCCAGCAUUAUCCCAGCAUUAAUAUAAAAUGAGAGUUUAUUCUUGUCAUUUUUGUUCAUCCCCAGUAUACCCAAGUCAUGGGAUUACUUUUGUAAGAAAUGAUGCUAAAGAGUUUAGAUUCUGUCGUUCCAAAUGUCAUAAAGCUUUCAAACAACGUCGUAACCCAAGAAAAUUAAGAUGGACUAAAGCUUUUAGAAAAGCAGCCGGUAAAGAAUUGGUUGUUGAUUCUACUUUAACUUUUGCUGCUAGAAGAAAUGUUCCAGUUAGAUAUAAUAGAGAUUUGGUUGCCACUACUUUGCAAGCCAUGUCUAGAGUUGAAGAAAUUAGACAAAAGAGAGAAAGAGCUUUCUAUAAGAACAGAAUGAGAGGUAAUAAAGAAAGACAAUUAGCUGCUGAUAAGAAAUUGAUUGCUGAUCAUCCAGAAUUAUUAAGAAUGAGAGAUGUUGAAUUAAGAAGAAAAGAAGAAAAAGAAGCUGCUAAAGAAGCUGCCAUGGAUGAAGAAGAUAUCGAUGUUGAUGAAGAUGAAGAUAUGAUGAGCGAAGAUGAAGAAAUGGAAUCCGAUUCCGAAACUGAAUCAUCAAAACAAAAAGUUUUAUUGAAAAACAAAAGAAAAUCAAGAUCAACUGCAUAAUCAUUCUUCCAAUUCAAUCCUUGUAUUUUAUCGUUUUCUCUUCUACACUAGUUUAUUUUUAUAGUUCUAUUAAUUUAC